AGGCCGGGGAUGGACACCAGGCUCCGCUGCGGGCAGGCUGCUGACGGGAACCUCGCUCUACCGGCGGCCCAGGUGGGGUGGCAGAGCGGCCGAGGCCCCAGCUGCCCGCCAGCCGCGCUCCCCCCGGGGGAAGCGGAGGCCGGGGCCGGGCCGGACCGGACCGGAGCGCACCACCGGAGCGCACCGCCUGAGGCGACGCGAGGCGAGGCCCAGCGCCUUCCCGCCCUGUCACCCUAUUGGCCCACGCCCGGCGCCGCGCCCUCCCAUUGGCUGCAGCCGGCGCCAGCAGUCGCCCCACCGCCGGUGCCCCUCGUUCCUCAUUGGCCGGCGGACUCGGCCGGGCGCCGUCGCGGGCCGUUAGUUAUCGGGGGCGGGGGGGCGUCCGCCAUCGCUACGGCGGCUGCCGUGGGCCAAGCCCGUCAUUCCGCGAAGCUGCCGGCAGCCAGCAUGGAGCCCGGGGAGCGCACGGAGACCGGGGACUGCGCGGCGGAGGCCGGGCCCGUCUUCACGCUGGAGGAGGUGGGGAAGCGGAACUGCAGCCGCGAGGCCUGGCUGGUUAUCCACGGCCGCGUCUACGAUGUCACCCGCUUCCUGGAAGAGCAUCCAGGUGGAGAAGAGGUUUUGCUUGAACAAGCUGGUAGAGAUGCCACAGAGAGCUUUGAAGAUGUUGGGCAUUCCACAGAUGCCAGGGAAAUGCUCAAGCAGUACUACAUAGGGGAGAUCCACCCGCACGAUCGUAAAAAAGAAGGUUCUAAGAAUCCAAGUAUGACAUCCUCAGGCCAAGCAAGUUUCUGGUCAACAUGGCUAAUCCCCAUCUUCGGAGCACUGGUCAUAGGUUUAAUGUAUCGCUAUUACAUGUUGGAUGGGAGAACCUCUUGAACUGACCUUGCUGGGACCUCAGAAAGCCUGAAAGAGAGGGUGUGAGAGAGUGCAUGCAUGCAACAUGUGGAGUUCUCCUUCCCUUAACCCUUUUCUGCCUUGCUUUUAGCUUUGAGUCUGUCAAGUGAUGUUGAUAUCCAUGGGACCAAGCUAAUACCAAGCUCUCUCUAUCCUAACUCUGGGACCCACGGACCUGUCGUACUUUCCUCUUGUGGUGGCAGGGCAAGUGCAACUUCCUGGUAUUCUCUUAGUUUGUGUGUGGUCUCCCCCGCAUGUGCGUGCUCGUUCUCUCUCUCUCUGAGGUAAACCACAGACAACCUUUUUCUUUCAAUGCCUUUUCGUUAAGCCAGACAACGUGAAACAGCUGCUAGUGAGCCUGUGGAUUUGCCUCAGUCCUUCACAUAGCAUUGUCAGAAAUAAACUGCAAGUUGUCUACAGUCCUUUCCAGAAAAGAUGUCCGGAGAUUCGCAGCAACUUUCCCAGUGCAUGCAGGCAACACUAAUUGGAGCAGCAGGAAAUUGUUAGCUUUGCUACCUCUUUCUGUACGUGUCUGUUUUUAACGGUUAAACAAAUAUAAGUAUUUUAAAAGUGAUUCUGUUCAUUUUGUAAUAUUUGUACUUGUCCCUUUUAAAAUGUAUAUUCUGUGAAACAAUUUAUACCUUGAA